AUGCACGUCAAACGCAAUGUUCGAGGCGGCCAGCCCUCUCCAUAUCCUCGGAUUCCCUUCCACGCGCUGCGGGCGGCUCAGCUACUCUCCUCGAUCGUCGUCAGCGGAAUAAUGUGCUAUUUCAUGUAUUAUCUUCGGGCCGAGCGUUUUGCAAUCCCAUGGACAUUUAUCGUCCUUCUCAGCGUCUCGCUCGCCACUAUUGUAUCACUCACCGUGACGAUCGUCCUAUAUAACUUUACAUAUCUUUCUCCUCGUUAUAAUCUGGUUACGAAUGGAGCUAUUUCGGCAGUGUGGGCAAUGGGCUUUGCCAUGUUGACAUGGUCAAUCAGUACCUCGCACGUAUUGGCAAAGGCUUGUACAGGUCCCGUUUGGGGAGGUGAAGCUGGAGCUGGUGUAUGCAGAGACUAUAAAGCUUUGUGGUCUAUGACAUUGGUUGGAACUGUAGCAACCUGUUGUGCACUUGCGCUUGACUUCGCUACUUGGAAAAAGACACGUCAACGGGGUGUAUAUGCUAUGCCGGAAGACGACAAGGACGCCCAGAUGCUGAAGGAUCUGCCGCAGACAACAGCAAGAGAGACUAGAUAUGAGCCAUUGAAGGAACGAGGAGUUGCAACACAAUCGACGCCUGCUUUAACGCCAUUUCACGAUGAACAAGACAUAGGCUACCACAGCGGAUAUGGCCAUGCUGAGCAGGCCUGGGGACCUCUGGAUGAGAAGAGGGCUUCUGAUUGA